AUGCACCAAGAACCCAAUUCCAUUAGUCUGCACCCAGACAUACCAGCGACACAGCCCAUCGUGGACCCCGAGACCGGGAAGAGGCCCUCGGAGCCACCCACGCCGAGGCAGUCGACGAAAAAAUCAAGUUUAUCACCGGGAGAGUCGACAAACCACUCUGCCAAUCCGUCGACGAAGCCACUCGGCAAGGAGUCAGCAAAACAAUCCAUCAACCUAUCAACUAAGCACACCACCACGAGUCUCAAUGACACCGCCUCCACGCCGCUGUCAAUGCGAGCAUUGUACUAUAUCCCAGAAGGAGAAAACCAUUAUCUUCCCGAAGUGAUCCCGGAGGGGGAUGUCCGUGACAUCCUCUCCCCUAGUUCAAGCACCAACAUCAUCCGCAAAAAAGGAACAAACCUCGUCCUUGACGCAAGCUAUCCAACCCCCCAGCCCUUGCCCCAGCAGUAUCUACUUAAAGUACACGCUGCAGCCUUCUGUCACGACGAGAUCCGUCUUGCCACAGCUCUCAAUCCACCAAUAACCUCUCCGCAAAUCCCACUGCACAGCAUCUGCGGUACAGUGGUCAGUACGCCCCGUGAAGACGACGAGCUGGAAGAAGGUCCGCGGUUCAGGAUCGGAGAUCUGGUCUUCGGUCUCUUGAGCUAUACUCGCGAUGGCGGAGCUGCUGAUUACACCGUUGCAACUGAGAAAGAGCUGGCGCCCAAACCGGACAAUAUCUCGAUUGCCGAGGGUGCAGCAAUAGCUCUGCCUGCUUUAACUGCUUGGCAGGCGCUCUUCCGGUACGCGGGGCUCGAUCCCGAUGUGCCGGGUGGAUUGAAUGAGGACGACGAAGAGUUUGGGCAAGGUGGCAAUGGUACUGGGCGGUGGCAAUGGCAGCGCAAGCGGCGGGAUACAGUGCUCGGGAGCAUGGACUAUGGAUACGGACAUCGCAAGAGCACGGCUGGGACUGGCAUGAGUGGAAGGAGCAGUCGUAAGAGUCCCGGUGAUGUUGACAGUGGAGCGGAACAGCGCAGCGGCACCGCCAACGACAAUGCCAGUGGUAGUACCGGGGAUCAAAGUGGGCAUUGGAUCUGGCAUUGGAAUCGUCGAGAUACCAUUCUCAACGACAAAGCAAGCGGUGCGAACUCUGGGGGUACUGUGAACAUCGAUGACCUGCCUCGCGCGGCUAGCAAGCUCGAUCCAAACCCAGAGACGAACCCCAGUGCUAAAGCCAAUGGAAAUGUGCGCAAAGAAAGCCUAGCGAGUCUUGUCAGUGGAACACCGAAAGCCACCGGCAAAGCUCCCCGCGCAGCCAGCACCAUUGACCCACAUCCAAAGAACAGCGUCCGCCGCGCCAGCCUGAUCAACCUGGUGCGCGGCAAUCCCCAAACCGACCCUGGCACUACCAGUUCAGCCGGCUCGGGUUCCAGUACGACCGGCACUAGGCGUCUCAGCCUGCUCAAUCGCAUGGACAAGAAUGGCCGUCUGGGAAGUCUUGUGAACACAAACGCCAACACCAAUGAGGGCAAAGGAAAGCCGCCCAAAAUCCGGGUCCUGGUCACCAAUGCCCGAGACAGUGAAAUUGGCCGUAUUGCUGUUCAAAUGCUGCGUGCUGAAACCCUCUUCCCAGUCCAAGUCCGGCCCUGGAUCUGUGUCACUUGCACACCCCCUGAGGCCGAUAUAAUCGAGAGAGACUGGAAGGUGGAUGAAAUCAUUGUGAUCCCGCAUCUUCCCUCCGCCGAUGAGUGCAACAUAUCAAGAGUGUUUCGCGCACGGCGUUGGCACCCGGUUGAUAUCGUGCUUGACUGUGCUGGUGGCGAAGUAUUUCGGCAAGCUCAUGCGGCCGGCGUUGUGAAAGACCACGGGGCCGUGUUGACGGUUGUGGAUGCUAAGGUUGCAUUGCAGUCGCCACUUGUUCCCGAGAAUGAUGAGCUUGGGGAGAGGAAAAGGGGGAUUCGAAGUCGCUUUGUCCCUGUCAAUCCCGAUGGACCGGCCAUUGAAAGGAUUGGAGAGCUGAUAGAGGAAAAUCUUGUUCGGGCCAAAGAGGCGAGGAUCGUGGAUAUUGCGAGAGGCGCAGACCUUUUGGCGGCUGGUGCUGCUGGGACUGCUGGAGGGUUACGGGGAGAUAUGGUUGUUGUCAAGGUUCAAUGA